AUGUACGCUGAGUUAGAGAGGUUAAAAGGUUGGCCAGAAGUGGAUAUGGACGAAAUGAGGAUCGUCUUCAAGCUUAACACAACAAAAUUUGAUUUCAUGGCUAUAUCGGAUAAUCGGCAAAAAAUUAUGCCUUUUCCAGCAGAUCGAGAUACCACCGAUGGUAGUGCUAGUCAAUUAGCUUACAAAGAGGCUGUUCGAUUAGUAAAUCCACAAAAUCAUAUACUUAAAGGACAGGUUGACGAUAAGUAUAUGUACUCAAUGGAAGACAAGGACAACAAAGUGCAUGGUUGGAUUUCAUCGGACCAACGUGUCGGUUUCUGGAUGAUUACUCCCAGCAAUGAGUUCCGUGUUUGUGGGCCCGUCAAACAAGAUCUCACUUCUCAUGCGGGACCCACCGUCCUCUCAAUGUUUACAAGUGUACACUACGUGGGAAAAGAGAUGAACACAACUCAUACAAGCGAGGAGCCGUGGAAGAAAGUGCUUGGUCCUGUCUUUGUUUAUCUCAACUCUGCCUCCUCUCAUAAUCUCCUCUGGACCGAUGCUAAACGACAGAUGAAUGACGAGGUCCAAAGCUGGCCUUAUGAUUUCGUGAAGUCAGUAGAUUACCCUCUCCAUCACCAAAGAGGAACAGUCAAGGGUCAAUUAUUUGUCAUGGACGGUUUCAAAAACAAGUCAAAGUUAUACGGGGGGUCUGCUUUUGUGGGCUUAGCAAAUCCUGGUGAAGCUGGUUCAUGGCAAACCGAAAGCAAGGGAUAUCAAUUUUGGACACAAGCAGACAAAAUAGGGAGGUUCACAAUAGCGAAUGCGAGACCAGGGAAUUAUAACCUCUACGCGUGGGUUUCUGGAUUUAUUGGUGACUAUAAAUACGAGCGUAACAUUACCAUCACACCAGGUGGGGAGAUAAACGUAGGACGCAUAGUGUACGAGCCGCCAAGAAGCGGUACGACGCUGUGGGAGAUCGGAGUACCUGAUCGGACCGCCGCAGAAUUCUAUAUCCCAGAUCCGGACCCAACCCUUUUGACCAAGCUCGAUCUUAAUUACUCAAAUGCUCCUCAAGACAGAUUUAGACAAUAUGGUCUAUGGACUCGUUACACUGUUCUGUAUCCUCGAGAAGAUCUUAUUUAUGUUGCUGGAGUGAGUGACUAUAAAAAGGAUUGGUUCUAUGCACAUGUCAGCAGAGAUACUGGAAAUGGGACGACAUUGGUAGCAACGACAUGGAGAAUUGUGUUUAAUUUAGAAGCAGUGAAUCAAACUGGAAACUACACACUUCGAGUGGCUUUGGCUUCAGCCAUGUAUGCGGAUUUACUUGUUCGGAUUAACGAAGCUAACUCCAAACCUAUUUUCACGACCGCGUUAAUAGGUCGGGAUAAUGCGAUCGCUAGGCAUGGCAUUCAUGGGUUGUACAGAUUGUACAAUAUCGAUAUUCAUGGAAAUCUGCUAAGAGUUGGUAACAAUACGAUUUUUCUUACUCAAGAUCGGACAUUUGCUCCGGGUACAGGUGUUAUGUAUGAUUAUCUUCGUCUGGAAGGUCCUCCUUGA